AUGGGUAGCCCUGGAUUGAGUAAUUCGGCUACUGCUACUCGCGUUGGAUUGUCUGAGCCAAUUUCAACUGGUGGGCCCAGUGAAUUCGAUGUGAUUAAGACCCGAGAGUUGGAAAAGUUUCUUGCUGAUGCGGGAUUGUAUGAAAGUCAUGAAGAAGCUAUCAGAAGGGAGGAAGUGCUUGGGAGAUUGGACCAGAUUGUGAAGAAAUGGGUGAAGAAUAUUAGCCGUGCUAAAGGUUUUAAUGAGCAACUAGUCCAAGAGGCAAAUGCGAAGAUUUUCACGUUUGGUUCUUAUCGCCUUGGUGUACAUGGUCCAGGUGCAGAUAUUGAUACCUUGUGCGUUGGACCAAAGCAUGCUAGUCGGAAUGAAGAUUUUUUUGGUGAACUUUACAGUAUGCUGGCAGAGAUGCCUGAAGUACAAGAACUACAUCCUGUGCCUGAUGCUCAUGUUCCAGUGAUGAAGUUUAAGUUCAGUGGCAUUUCUAUAGAUCUGCUUUAUGCGAAUGUGGCUCUCUGGGUUAUUCCUGAAGACUUGGAUGUUUCACAAGAAUCUACACUGCAAAAUGUAGACGAGCAAACUGUUCGCAGUCUCAAUGGAUGCAGAGUGACUGAUCAAAUAUUGCGUUUGGUGCCAAAUAUCCAGACAUUUCGUACUACACUGAGAUGUAUGAGAUUAUGGGCGAAGCGUCGUGGAGUUUAUUCAAAUGUUACCGGUUUCCUCGGUGGUAUUAAUUGGGCAUUGCUUGUUGCGCGCAUAUGCCAGCUAUACCCGAAUGCUCUGCCCAGCAUGUUGGUGUCUAGGUUUUUUAGGGUCUAUAAUUUGUGGCGCUGGACAAAUCCUGUGAUGUUAUGCCCAAUUCAAGAAGGAUCUUUGGGGCUCCCUUUUUGGGAUCCUAGAAGAAAUUACAAGGACCGAUUGCACCUGAUGCCCAUAAUAACUCCUGCUUAUCCUUGCAUGAACUCUAGCUACAAUGUGUCAACAAGCACAUUACGUGUCAUGAUGGAAGAAUUCCAAAGGGGAAAUGAAAUUUGUGAGGCAAUAGAAGCAAGCAAGAGCAGCUGGGAUAUUCUUUUUGAGCCUUUUGCUUUCUUUGAAGCGCACACAAAUUAUCUGCAGAUGGACAUAGCAUCGGAGACUGAAGAAGACUUGAGGAAUUGGAAAGGCUGGGUUGAAUCCAGAAUACGUCUGCUUACUUUGAAGAUUGAAAGGGACACAAAAGGUGUACUUCAGUGCCAUCCUCACCCUGGUGAAUUUUCCGACAAAUCUAAACCAUUUCACCAUAGUUAUUUUAUGGGGUUACGGAGGAAACAAGGUACUAAUCCUCAAAAAGGCGAAAAAUUUGAUAUAAGGUUGACGGUUGAGGAUUUCAAACGCGAUGUGUAUGCGUAUUCAUCCUGGAAACCCUCAAUGUGGAUUCAUAUAUCUCUUGUGAAAAAAAAAGGCAUACCUAACUUUGUCUUCCCUGGUGGAGUCCGACCUUCCCAUUCCCCCAAAAGUGCUGCUGAGAUUCGUUCGGUAUCCAACUCUCCACAGGCUGCUAUGAGCAGAAGGAAGCGAAAACAAGAUGAAAUCAAUAAAGUGGUUGGCUUGACAGAUUCUUCAAGCACCGCUGUGUCUGCCAGCGAUGCAAGUUUGUUGGAUGAAAGAAGAGCUAAGAGACAAUUCGAAGCUGAUGUUGUUGACACCUCAAGUAAUGUGAGAUGUCCUGAGAAUCUUUCUGGAGAUGGACCAGAAGUUGCUGGAAUUGUUAAAAGCACUUCGCCAGCCAUGCUUUCAUCCACUGCUUGUGGUUCAUCAUUAGGUACAACAAUGGAGAAGCCUGUCAUUGAACAAUCUUUGCAACCAAUCGUUAUUCAUCAAGGUUCUUCGGACUUACUUGAUGGGAUUGGAGGUGUGCAACUGAAGAGUGAAGUUCAAGACAAUGACAGGGACCAAGAGAUUAAAUUAUCAGAGUUCUUCACUACUGAUCAAGCUCUAGGAGCAGCAAUAGAAGGGGAAGGUAGCAGUAUCCAACAAAUCGGGGACUUGGAAGAACUUGAGCCUCUUGAGCUGACUGCUGCAUCUACUUCAACACAUGUGCCAACACAGAAGCCUCUUAUUAGAUUCAGUUUCACUUCUUUGGCAAAAGCAACCAGCAACAGUGCAUCUUAG